AACUUUGGACUUCCCAGUCUCCUGAACUGUACAAUGGUGCUUUACCCAAUGGAGACAGAGGACGGAGGAAAAGCAGAUUUGCUCUCUAUAAGCGGCCCAAAGCCAAUGGCGUCAAACCCAGCACGGUCCAUGUAAUAUCCACACCCCAGGCGUCCAUGGCUAUCAGCUGCAAAGGUCAACACAGUAUAUCCUACACUUUGUCAAGAAAUCAGACUGUGGUGGUCGAGUACACGCAUGAUAAAGAUACGGAUAUGUUUCAGGUGGGCAGAUCAACAGAAAGCCCUAUCGACUUCGUUGUUACAGACACAAUUUCUGGUGGUCAGAACAAUGACGAAGCCCAAAUCACACAGAGCACCAUCUCCAGGUUCGCCUGCAGGAUAGUGUGUGACAGGAAUGAGCCGUACACAGCACGGAUAUUUGCAGCCGGAUUUGACUCUUCCAAAAACAUAUUUCUUGGAGAAAAGGCAGCAAAGUGGAAAAACCCUGAUGGCCACAUGGAUGGGCUCACUACGAAUGGUGUCCUGGUGAUGCAUCCAAGAGGGGGCUUCACUGAGGAGUCCCAGCCCGGGGUGUGGCGUGAGAUCUCCGUCUGCGGGGAUGUGUAUACUUUGCGAGAAACCAGGUCGGCCCAGCAGAGGGGAAAGCUGGUGGAAAGUGAGACCAACGUCCUGCAGGACGGCUCCCUCAUUGACCUGUGUGGGGCCACUCUUCUCUGGAGAACAGCAGAUGGCCUUUUUCAUACACCAACUCAGAAACACAUAGAAGCCCUCCGGCAGGAGAUCAAUGCCGCCCGACCACAGUGUCCUGUGGGGCUCAACACCUUGGCCUUCCCCAGCAUCAACAGGAAAGAGGUAGUGGAGGAGAAACAGCCCUGGGCGUAUCUCAGCUGUGGCCAUGUGCAUGGGUACCACAACUGGGGCCACCGGAGUGACACGGAGGCCAAUGAGAGGGAGUGUCCCAUGUGCAGGACUGUGGGCCCCUAUGUACCUCUCUGGCUCGGCUGCGAGGCAGGAUUUUAUGUGGACGCAGGACCACCAACUCAUGCUUUUACCCCCUGUGGACAUGUGUGCUCAGAGAAGUCUGCAAAAUAUUGGUCUCAGAUUCCACUGCCUCAUGGAACUCAUGCAUUUCAUGCCGCCUGCCCUUUCUGUGCAACGCAGCUGGUCGGGGAGCAAAACUGCAUCAAAUUAAUUUUCCAAGGUCCAAUCGAUUGAUACCCUUGACAGCCAUCUAUGACUUUAUUAACAAGUUACUGUGAAGAUUUUGCCACUAACUCUAGAUUUUACCUUUUUGUAACGCAGUUUAUUAAGGGGGGGGGAAGACUGGGGCUGGGAAAAAAGAGGGGACACAGUGAUGAAACAUGGCAGGAGUUUAAAAGUCACCAGUGAUGUGUUGCAUGCUAAAACAGCAGCAUCGUCAUUGAAGUCUGCUUGAUUCAACCGUAGUAUCUUUGUAACAAUUGGAUUUAAAAUGCCAUGCUUUAAUUUUUAACCAUGGGUUUUUAACCAAGUUUUUUUUCCUUUGUACACUUGGAUGAGACUUUAAAUCUUAUUUUACAAAUAAUUUACAAUGUAGGAGAAAUUUAUUCAGAAGUUGUUGGCUCUUAAUGUGCAACCUUCAGUGUUUUGUGGCAUAGGGGCUGCCUGAAAGACCCGCAGUGUCUGGGAAUACUUGAUAACGGCUAGAAUCUGACCAGAUACCAAAGGGGUAACUCUGUGAAAUGUGAUUGGUGGACAGGAGACCUUAGGGCACAGGUGGUUGUUUUGAAAUCUGGGGCUUUUUUUUCGAUUUAUUUUUCUUACUCUUCCAGAGAGUGAAUAUUCAUAUAUGGGGUGUGUGUGUGUGUGUGUGUGUGUGUGUUUAACUUCAGUGGAAUUCACUUUAUACACUCCUUUAUCAAAUACUUGACAUUUCAAACAAAGAAUUUUCUAUAACUUUUUACUCUGCCUUUUGUUAUUUCUGCCUAAUGUGGUUUAUCUCUGAUACUUAUCUUGCAUGACCAGAACUGUUCGGUUGAUUAAAAUAUAGCAGUUCUUAAAAAUUCA